UACGGUUUGAAACUGGCGGCUGCUCGCUUUCCGUAGCGUGACGCGCUUGCUGUUGGCGGGCCCGUUUGUAAACAUCAACAGAAACAUGGCGGAGCCCGAGAAGAGCGGCGGAUCCGUCUCCGCGGAAAGCAGUGUGGAUAAAGUGGACGAACGUGGCUCGUCUCGUCGGAACGACUCGGUUAAGUCGUCGCAAUCUAAACCGAGACUCAAGCUGUUCGGUAAAGUGAUGGAGAAGAGUCUGCAGUGGCUGCUGGACAACGCCAGUUUCGACAGGUUUUCCCACUGUUUCCAGCCUGUGUCGAAGCAGAACCCCCAGCUGACCGAAGCCAUGCACAAACAGUUCAUCAGCCAGCUGCAGACUUUAGUUCAGAGAGAAAUCUCCACUGUGAUUGAGGAGGGCGACCUGCAGGUGAAGUUAGAAGAGCUGGACAGACUGGAGGAGCUUGCUAAAGACACGCCACGAGCUGCAUGGCGUCCGAGUGGCGUUCCAGAGCAGGAUGUGUGCAGUGGUUUAGUGUCGUAUUAUAAGAAGCAGGAGGAGUACAUGCGGAUACAGCUGAAGAAGGUCCAGAAGGAGAACGCAGGUCUUGCUCAGAAAGUGCAGGCCGGCCGAGAGAACAUCACACACACAGAAGGGACAGUUCACCCAAAAAUGAAUCGACACAGUCCUGAUCACCCUGGUCUUACUGGAUCUCAACCCAACAGCAACAGCCUGAGAUAG